UUUCUAUUCUGUCCCUCUCCUUUCAAAUUUAUUACUUUGGAGGUCAACCAAAACAAACAGUGUAAGACUACAGCGAAUGCUUCAAGAGUUGAAUCUGGAUUAAAAGCAUUGACCAGACCACCCACUAGCGGCGAAUUGUGUAGCAAGGAAAGAAGCAGAGGCUGAGGAAACAAUGAAGAUAUUGGUGACCGGCGCAUCCGGUUUCCUCGGUGGAAAACUCUGCGACGCCCUCGUCCGGCAAGGUUACUCUGUCAGGGUUCUCGUAAGAUCCACCAGCGAUAUCUCCGCCCUUUCUCCGCACAUCGAAAUCUUCUACGGCGACAUCACCGACUACGCCUCUCUCCUCGCCGCCUGCUUCUCCUGCACUCUCGUCUUCCACCUUGCCGCCCUCGUCGAACCCUGGCUUCCUGAUCCUUCCAAAUUCUUCUCCGUCAACGUUGGAGGAUUGAAAAACGUGUUGGCGGCGGUGAAGGAGACUCGCACAGUGGAAAAACUCCUGUAUACGUCGUCGUUUUUCGCUCUCGGACCAACUGAUGGAAUCGUCGCCGACGAGAAUCAAGUCCAUCACGAGAAAUAUUUCUGUACGGAAUAUGAGAAAUCGAAGGUGGCCGCGGAUAAGAUUGCGGUGCAAGCUGCGUCGGAGGGGGUGCCAAUAGUACUACUGUAUCCCGGAGUAAUCUAUGGGCCUGGCAAGGUCACUGCAGGAAACGUUCUUGCACGAAUGAUAGUAGAGCGGUUUAGUGGUCGAUUGCCUGGUUACGUGGGGUAUGGAAACGAUAGAUUUUCGUUCAGCCAUGUGGAGGAUGUGGUGGAAGGGCACAUUGCAGCAAUGAAAAAAGGAGAAGCUGGGAAUAGGUAUCUACUAACGGGGGAAAAUGCGUCCUUCAAGCAUGUUUUUGAUAUGGCUGCUGCGAUUACUCAUACUAAAAAACCACUGUUCAGCAUCCCAUUGUGGCUAAUUCAACUCUAUGGCUGCCUCUCUGUUUUCUUCUCUAGAAUCACCGGAAUGCUACCUCUCAUCAGUCCACCGACAGUACAUGUUUUAAGACAUCGGUGGGAAUAUUCCUGCGACAAAGCUAAAAGGGAGCUUGAUUAUAGGCCCAGAAGCCUGAAAGAUGGACUUGCAGAGGUACUACUAUGGUUGAAGAACUUGGGCCUGAUAAGAUAUUAGCCAGAACAUUCUAAUACUUUAUUUCAUUUUUUUGAGACGUCGUAGUACUUUCUGGGCUUCAGUGUUUCACCUUGUGGAAUAUCAAUCAAAAAAUAAAUACUGUAAUAAAACCACGAUAAGACUUUUUUGGUAGAGAAAACCACGAUAAGAUGUAACUUUUACAAUGAGUAAGUACCUAUUCAGUCCUGCUAGUUAUUGAAUGAUUGAAUCAUUUGGUGUGCGUUUGGUUUACGGCAA